CCGCGGUUCAUCGCUUCCUACAUGUGAACUAAUAUAUUCCUAUUUUAAGGUUGUUUGAAUAUGAAUCCGGGUUGAAGAUUGAAGAUGUCAAAAACUAGCUAGGCUAAAAGAACAACUCCUUGGUUUUUUGCAAAUGGUCCAGAUAAAGAUUCAAAAGAGGAUGACACUUACGCGAUUCGAUUCCGACUGUGUGAAGAACCUGAUUGUAGUAGGAAACCCAAUCAUCAUCUACACUGUUUGUUAUGCAAAGCUGCAAGUGCUGGCCAUGCGCAUUGCAAAAGACACUUUGAGGAAGUUCAUGCGAGACAAUCCGUCAUAUAUCAGCAUUAUAAAUGUCUGAAAUGCAAACUAAAUCACGGACAUUCGGGGUAUUUUAGACCUCAUUAUCAUUGUCUGAUAUGUAACAGAACAAUAAUAAGGGAAAAACAGCUACAUGUUCACAUGGAAAAUCACACGGUAAAUAAAACUGGUGGCGUUAGAAUGAAUACUAAACCAAAAAUAGAGCUGAACGACGUCUGCGAGUAUACACCAGAUGACCCCCCCCCCCUUAGGUAAUAAUGAUUCCAUUGAGAUGAAUCAUAAAACAAACGUCGCCUGUGAUAAUGGAUCCAUUGAAAUGAAUAUCAAAUCAAAUACAGAGUUUAAUGAUGCUUGCGAUUAUGCACCAGAGAAAAAAUCAAGGCGUGUUCUUGAAAAAAUGAUCACUUGCCCAGUGUGCAGGAAGGAAAUGUGCUCCAGAAGUUUGCCUCGUCAUUAUCGAAAUAUUCAUAACAAAGAAAUAGAAAAUGUCGUGUAUUGCGUCGACAAAAUAAGGGGUUUGUAUAUGGUUCGAAGAAGCUCCAAAGGAGGAGUCUUUUAUCCCAUACACAUAAAGAAAAAUUUAUCGAAAAUUUCGCUCGAUUUUGGUGUUGACUGUGAAGACUCUGCCUGCCGAGAUUACAUGUAUAUGGCAUGGCGCAGUGGCAUGACUGGUGCAGAGUGCAGACAUUUGAGGCUUGUGGGUGUUGAUACAAAGUAUCCAGAAUCAGAGACACUAAAUGACACUUAUUUAUCCGAACUAUCGAUUGACGGCAAAUACAAAAUUAUCAAGCCUACGAAAAUAGAACAAUGUCUAGAUCUCAAAAAGAUGGCAUUAAAUAACAAAUCAAAAUUGCUUUACGCAAUACACGAAUCAACAAGAUUUAUCAUGUUUUCGUUAUACAAUGGUGAAUAUCACUAUUAUUCCAAAUUUGGUAGAAUUAUCCUCACAGCCGAUAUUCAAGAAGGUAACCUGGAUUGUAGAUGCUGCAAAAGAAAGCAUUCGUGCGUACACAAAUGUGUUUGUAUGUGGUAUUUAGUUCAAAAUAACUUAUUUGAAGGUUUUAGAGAACCUAGAAUCGAAGAUAAUGAUGAAACAGUCAAUGUUCAGCACCAAAACAUUUCUCUAAAGUAUUAUCCACCCAUCGAUACACAAAUUCUAGAAAAAAUGUGCCAGUAUUUAAAAGAACUAAAACGUAUACCACAUUCGGCCAACAAUCGUGCAUCCAAAACGAUAUAUCCCACGACGUAUAUUCCAGUCGAAGUCAAAUGCUUUUAUUGUGAUUCAGAUUUACAAAAACCGAUUUUGAUCUCAAAACAUGCAAAAAUAUUAACAAUGACUGAACUUCUUGGUGAUAUAUCAACUUAUUACAAAGAAUGCCCAAAAUGCAAAGUGUGUUAUCGCUACCAAGAAUUUACUGACGGAUUGCAUAAUUUCAAUGAUAUUUUCUUUAUGUCACUUGAAAUUUGCUAUUUUAUCACAAAGAGUUUCUCAUGCAGCAUUUGCCCAUUGGGAGUUUUGUUAACGCUCUUUCUUCGCGAAUCGGGACUGAAUUAA